AUGCGCGGUAGACGACACUACAAUAAGUCGUAUGAGGCGAUCUCAGAGGUUGCUUCUAGCACAGAUUCUGUGUCACUCAGCCCUGUAAUCCGUUUACAGACAUGGCUAAAGCGAUACCUCACCACACCUGCCGCGUUUGGUGACCGCUGUUCUCGACCUUAUGGCUGGUGCACCAUACCACCACGGAUCCAAUCGCUUACCAUCUUCUUCUUCGUCGCACUCAACAUCGCCGUCUGUACCUGCUCCUACCGUCUUACCGAAGGCAACCUCUACUGGCCAGAGAAGUCAGCACAACUUCUCCGCUAUGUAUCGGAUCGUACUGGGAUCGUUUCGCUGGCAAACUUCCCUCUUGUCUGGCUUUUUGGCAUGCGAAACGAUGUUUUAAUCUGGAUAACUGGAUGGGGAUUCGGCACAUACAACGCUUUCCAUCGAUGGGUUGCUAGGGUCGCCACGGUACAAGCUGUGGUGCACAGUCUGGGCUAUACGCUGAUGAUACUGGAGAGCGGAGGAUGGUCACACUUUCUCAAGUACUGGACGAAACACUACUUCUGGAAUGGCGAACUAGCGACCAUCGCUAUGUGUGGCCUUUUAGCGUUUUCGUUCUAUGGUAUUCGCCGUGCGCACUACGAGUUCUUUCUCGUCACGCACAUAGCGUUGUCCAUCGCCGCACUCUGGUCCAUGUACUACCAUGUCGAGAUCUUUACUAACGGCGAGUGGAACAUAUUUAUCUGGCCAUGUGUCGUUGUCUGGAUCUUCGAUCGCGCCAUGCGCCUCGUUCGGAUCGUAGUGUUCAACCGCAAUCCUUUCGGUACCAAGGCUAGGGUCACUUAUGACCCUAAUAGUAACCUUGUCCGAAUGGACGUUGACGGGAAGAAGAGCUUGGUCGCGCCGAAGCCUGGUACAUAUUACUAUAUCCACGUAUUGGACGACACGUUGUAUGCCCACCAGAGCCAUCCUUUCACGUUGGCAUACACCUCGACAGAUGCCGACCAGCCUCCGUCUACGCCUUUGUCGCCACUUUCGCUCAGACCCGAACCCUUGCGCACGUCAUCAGCCUCAUCCACCGAGUCUGAUGCGCUCCUGCCAUCUGAAAGCGUACUGAACAUGGUGUUCCUUAUCCGACCAUACGACGGUUUCACAUCCCGUUUAAAAUCACAUUGUCUUUUGCAUCCCAAAAGACUCAACGUCCUCAUCGAAGGACCCUAUGGACAUACUGUCCCUCUCCGAAGUUUCACCAACAUUCUGUUUAUAGUUGGUGGGACUGGUAUCGCAGUGCCUCUGUCACAUCUGGCUCAUAUACUGUCCACGUCCUCACGUGUUCAGAGUGUGAAGAUUGUUUGGGCGGUCCGCGAGUAUGCAUUCCUUGCGUCAGUACUGCGUGACUUCAGAGGGUUGUUAAGCGAUGAGAGAAUGGAGAUGGAAGUACAUGUCACUCGCGAUGACGAAGCAAAGGACGACGUCUUAGGCGAGGCGUUAAAGAGUGUGAGGAUGAUGGCGCACAGGCCCAAUGUACAUACCACGAUAGUGGAAGCUGCAAGAGAUGCGGGGCAACAACCGCUAGCGAUUGUGGCCUGCGGACCAGCUUUGAUGGCUGAUCAGGCCAGAAGAGCAAGUGUACAGAUGCUGGCUAAGGGACAUAGGGGUGUUGAGUACUUUGAAGAAAGCUUUAAAUGGUAA